CUGUUUCAUGAACGGACGGAGGCUUCGAGGGCUGCUCUUUUCUCUUUGAAAAAGGAAGAUCCUUUUGCUCGCCCCAACCUUUCUCCCUCAUUUUCUGAGUCAGAUCUUCCAAGUUCCAACAUGCAGAGCUCAGCCUUCACUCUUUCUCCUUCUCUUCCUCUUCUCAAGUCCCGCUCUCGCAAUCCUUGUCGCUUCGAUCCCAUACGCCUCUCUGCUUCUUCCUCUUCCAAACCCAAUGUCGCUUGCUCCUCCACUUCUUCCACGCGCCGAUCCUGGUCCCUUGCUUCUUCUUCAUCCCCUUUUGCUUUCAGGCCCUGGACAUCUUUCACCACACUUUCUUCCUCCGAUCCUGAUGCAUCUCCUUUUGAGGCCCGGGCUGCUUCCGUGCCUGAGAGCAGCAGUGAGGCAUCCAGUAGUAUGGCCAACACGUUGGUGCUUGGAUCCUUAUUUGGUUUCUGGUACCUCUUCAAUAUCUACUUCAAUAUCUACAACAAGCAGGUCUUGAAGGCGUUCCAUUUCCCAGUCACCAUCACUGCACUUCAAUUUGCUGUUGGGACUAUCCUUGUAUUAUUUAUGUGGGGUUUCAAUCUGUAUAAAAGGCCUAAAAUCAGUGGUGCCCAGCUUGCGGCAAUACUUCCACUGGCUUUUGUACAUACCUUAGGGAACCUUUUCACAAAUAUGAGUCUUGGAAAGGUAGCCGUAUCUUUCACUCACACAAUCAAAGCAAUGGAGCCCUUCUUCUCAGUGAUCCUUUCUGCUAUGUUCCUUGGAGAGUUCCCUACACUUUGGGUAGUUUCUUCCCUAGUGCCCAUUGUUGGUGGAGUGGCACUUGCAUCAGUUACUGAGGCCUCCUUCAACUGGGCUGGAUUUUGGAGUGCAAUGGCAUCCAAUUUGACAAAUCAGUCUCGCAAUGUUCUCAGCAAAAAAGUCAUGGUUAAGAAAGAUGAUUCUAUGGACAAUAUAACCCUCUUCUCAAUAAUAACCGUUAUGUCCUUCUUCAUGUUAGCCCCAGUGGCUGUAUUCAUGGAGGGUGUUAAACUCACCCCUGCAUAUCUGCAAUCUGCGGGGUUGAAUGUAAGACAAAUAUACAUCAGAUCACUUAUUGCUGCACUGUGUUUCCAUGCAUAUCAGCAGGUUUCUUACAUGAUAUUACAAAGGGUGUCACCUGUUACCCACUCUGUGGGUAAUUGUGUGAAGCGGGUUGUGGUCAUUGUGAGCUCUGUCAUCUUCUUCCAAACACCUGUUUCACCCAUUAACGCUUUUGGGACUGGCAUAGCGCUUGCUGGCGUUUUCCUCUAUUCAAGGGUGAAGCGAAUUAAGCCAAAGGCCAAGACAGCGUAAUAAUUUUCUGUAGUAUAGUUUUGCUAGUUGCGUAUGAAUUGUAUUGUUUUUGUAGAACAGGCUGGGAAAUUGAGGGUCUUCAUUAUUUUCCGCUCUUCUUUCUUUAUUUAGCUAUUUGUGAUUUUUAUUGUUUGUGGUGUAGCACCAAAUGGUUCUGCUCCAACAAAACUUGAGUUUUUUUUUUUUUGGGUUUUUCGAGGAAUCACAAUUUCUUAUGGGUCAAAUGUAUAAUGUCCAUCUGGCUACGCUUAGGCCCGUUGGACUCUGUAGGAAACGAGCCUGGGUCAUAAAUUGGGUAAUAGACUCAUCUUUCGGAUCUUUUGAACUUUUUUUUUUUUUUUUUU